AUGCUGCUGUUCCAGACAUCUUGGCGUCCUGGGCUGUUAUGCAUGAGCCUGGUGUGUCUCCCUUGUCUCUGGGAUGUCGGGUCUUCUAUUAAGGGAGAGUCUAAGAAAGAAAAGGGAGUGGCUUUUCUAGCUACAACUGAGCUGCCUGCGAAGACAGUUGAUCUGUCUACAGUUAACCUUACAGAGCUAGUGAACGGGAUGCUGACCAAAGCCUUGAAAGGGGAUAGCAAAAAAUUCUUUUCCUUGCUGAGCAUAACUUCCCACAGCUCAUUUGCCUUCCACAAGUUUUCAUUGGUGAUUUAUAACAUUUCUAACCUGAAAAUCAUGGAUCCCACCAAGUUCCCCACGCGGUACUGCUACUGUUUAAACAAUCAGACCAAUGACCUAUCAGAUUUUACAGCUCUCCUGGUUGACAUCAUUGGGAACUCCACUAGCUAUCUCAUGGAGAUUUUCAAAUCGACCUCCAUUCUCUCAGUGAGUCAGAGCACUGAGUCCGACUGCAUCUACAUCUGUGUGAUGACAGGGAAAACAGGAAGAAAUCUUUCUGACUUCUGGGAAAUGGUGGAAAAGUCCCCUGUUAUUAACUAUACAUUUACCAGUAAUGUGUCUGGUAUUCUGGCCACUAGAAUGACUACCUGGGCUCAGAGUGAGUCUCUGAAAAGACUGGAAGAAACAGCUACAAAAUUCCCAUCGUGGACACAAACCAUGAGAUUAGAAGGAUCUGGAAUUUCCUCUAUGAAAAUCUCUUCCCCGAUGCAAACUGGACCUUCAGGUGAAGAUGAGACCCCGUACACAAGAACGCCUUACAGGCUUCCUCCCCUUACAAGGAUUAUGAUGACACAAGGCACUUCAUCCCAUACCUACCUAACUUCAGUGUUGAGUUCUUCACCAUCAUCAGUGACGCUCACCCUUUCCAAGCAGGGAGAAGAUAUGACCAAUGAAUUUCUUCUCUCAGGAACAGAUACUCCAGGGACAGAUACUCCAGGACCGACCAAAGUGCCUGCACCAAAACAGUCACACACUGCUGACUUUGCUCCAGCACUGAUAUCUCCCUCUCAGUCUCAGACACCACCUUUCCCCAAACUCCACCUUGUAUCAAGAUGUCCACAGCCACCGCUCAAAGACAAAGACAUGACGACCCUUCCUCUCACCCUCAGCCUCCAAAAGAUAAACCCUUGUGUCAUGGAGCUGUGCCGGUUUUUUCAGCAAUGUCUCUGCAUUAGUCAAAAGCCAUAUUCAAGAAAAGAUACUACGAGGUUCUGCAUUGAGUACUAUUCCUGGUUCUUGAGAAGUGCAACAUACAUCUGCCAGAGGGUGACAAGGAUGGAUCAUCCCCACACCUUAAAGCAAAAAUGUCUUUCAAACAUCUGCACAUCUGUCUGA